AUAACGGAAGCUAAACCAGUAAUUGUUUUUAUACAGUUGCGGGGGAUCAUUUAGGAGCGCUGGUCGCCUCCCUCCGUAGUUGAUGCUGACCCAGGCCCCAGCAGACGUUGUUGGUCCUGGCAUCAUAUUUAGAAUUUUGACGAAGUGCAACGACUCGUAUUAACACGACACAUCAACAAGAAGUUACAUCAACAUAAUUUAUAGAGCAGCAGCGGAGAACCCUGUGUCUAGACUGAGCUUCAUCUAGUGUGAAUAAUUGACCAAUCGUCAGAGAUGUAUGAGAGAAAUAACAAGGAUUUUGGCAAGACUUCGUCAGACCUUUGGUACAGUGAUCAACGAUAUGCUCAGUUCUGGCAGCACUACAAUACUAUGAUGAUGACAGCUCACCAUGAUGCAAUUGUCAAAGCAAGAUAUGUUGCAGCUCAUACAAAGGCUGCUUUAUCUAACCUGCAUGGAUCAAUGUAUCUACAUCAUAACAACCAUCACAGUAAAUAUUCAGACAACUUAAUGCAUGGACACGAACGUGCCACUUCACAUUCCGGUAGAAGCUUAGCAGAAAUUGCAAGAUCCAAUAGAAACAGGCAGAAGAGGAAAAGGAAAAUGAGAAACAGAAGACUUCGAGAAUGGUCAUGCAACAGUAAUCAGGGAGUUCUGAGUGAUACAGAGAUAUUACACUCACAAAUGAGCCAAGGGAUGCAUAUUAAAGAUGCUGAUGACGAGGAGGAGGAGAGUAUGGAGGUGACUGAAGACUUCUUGAAAUUUCUGGAGCAAAGUGAGAAGCAUCGAGAACAGUGGAAAGUUAGAAAAGAAAGGUUAAAAUCUGAUGGGUCUGUAACACCUUCAGAAGAACCAGUUGCUGAGACAGAGCCCAAGGAGCAUCCAGAUGUUGUACGGGGUCGUGAGAUGCAACAGUUAUAUGGACCUGCAUCUGCACGCAUACAUGCCAUGGAAACAGCCCUCCAGCUUUCAUUUGAUCGUUUCUCCACAUUACAUGAACCACAGUUCUGGCCUAACAUACCUAUUAAUGUCAUAUUUAGUUAGUCAUUAAAUUCACAUUUUAUUCUUGGGUUCACAUAUUUUCAGUACUGUAUUUACAGCAGUACUAAUUAACUCUAAUUAUCAUUCAAAUCCUGUUUACUGUUAAAUCAGUUUGCUGUUUGAAUUGAUACUUGAUUUGCCUCUCAGCAAGGGCAUUUGAUGCUUAAGCAUAUUCAAUGAGCACUUUGCAGGUCAUAAAUUUAUAUAAAAAAGUAAUCCUUUAAUAUGAUGUAGUCCAAGUAUGUUUGGAAGAAAUUUUUUAACUUCAAACAAUAUUUGACAAUACAGUACUGUAUCUCCACAAAAAGUAAGUCCUCAGUUUUCACAAAAAAUGUAUUUCUGGAAGAUCUUGUACUUUUCGAAUUAGCAAAAAUCAAACUUAAGUACUGUAUACUGUAUAUAGGAAAAAUAGGAGUGUAUUUCAGAGGUCUUCAACUGUCCACAUUUUGUCCACUCCUCUCUCAAUGAAACAUUUGCUUGAAACAUGAUUACUAAGUACAGUACUCUCACCAAUUUCCCACCUACACUCGCUAAUGGUGUAGAUAAAAGUAAACAUUACUUUUCAUUUCUUUGAAGGUAUAUUUGGGCACAGCCGGAGUUGCAGAAAGUUUGGGGUGCCAUGACUGAAAAAUGAUACCCAACAAAAAGUGUGAGCUUACUGUAUACAGUAUUAUAGUGGUUUAGCAUUUUUUUUUAAUCAUAGUUUAAAAAUAAUGAGAAUAAUUGUUAUAGUUGUGGUAAAGAAAUUGAGCCUGUGUUAAGGGGGAUACAUAUGUAGCUUUUAUUUUGACCUUAGGUUUAUUCAGUUAAUGGCCAUGUACUAUUCUAUGAAAAUAUGUCUGACCAUAUUUACUUAAAUAUUUGUUCAAUUGGGUUUAAAACAGAAAGUAACAAAAAUAUUAUAGAAUGUGGUAGAGUUACUGAACCUAUAAUAUUUUCAAAAAGAUUGUACAAUUGGUUGUAAUUUUGAGCUCGUUGAGUACUGAACUACAAUUAAAAAAAAUGUUCAGUGUACGUGCCGGCUUGCACUCAGACCCACUGACGUGUGUUGCACAUAUUGUCAAUAAAACUAUUUUAUGGUGUAGUGUUUUAAAUUUUGUUAUGCAACAAAAUUCAUACUGUAGUCAAAUAAUGAACAUAUGUUUAUUAGCAAUAGACGUAUGCAAUAGCAGUAGUACAUAGUUCAGUUCUAAUUGAGAUUUCCAUGCUUAGCAUUGUCGACAUUGUAUAGCAUGCGUGUAUUUAUAUAUAAAUAUACAGUAUACAGUAUAUACAUGUAGGAAGGGGUCUCCUUCCAUCGCCAGCUGGAAAAAGAGACCCUUAGCCUCGGAGAAAAGCACACACAACGCAUUAGAGGGGAUUUUAAGUCCCCCUCUAAUACAGUUUAUAUGUGCUUUUGUCCUACCACCCCCUUCCUUUUGUGUUUACUAAUAGUUUACAAAAUAAUCUGCAUAUAGUAUACCAAAAUACUAUAUAAAGAAUUAUGUAAAGGUACAACCCUGGGCCAGCUAUUGACUGUCCCACUAAUAUACUCAAAGAAUGGGAACUUGGAUAUCUACACCUUUUUUGGAUAAACUAUCUUUUAUACCAUGUAUGACUUGAGAAAACUGUAAUAUAUUUUUAAACCUAA